AUGUCUAAAUUCCCUAAUGUAUACUUUGAUGUAGUUAUAGGAACUGCAGAACCAAAAAGAAUAGUUUUUAAACUUUAUGAUGAUGUUCCAUUGACAGCUGAAAAUUUUAGAGCCUUGUGCACUGGAGAAAAGGGCUUUGGAUAUCAAGGAUGUCCUUUCCACAGAAUUAUUCCCGAAUUUAUGAUUUAAGGAGGAGAUUUUACAAACAGAAACGGAACUGGUGGAAAAUCAAUUUAUGGCGAGACCUUUGCUGAUGAAAACUUCAAUCAUAAACAUGUAAAAAAAGGACUUUUAUCCAUGGCAAAUGCAGGACCAGGCACUAACGGCUCAUAGUUCUUUAUCACAACAGUUCCCUGCCCUUGGUUGGAUAAUAAGCAUGUAGUAUUUGGUGAAGUUAUUGAAGGCUUGGAUGUUGUUGAUGAAUUAGAGGAAACAGGAACCUCUAUGGGAAGACCUAAAGGUGGAAAAUAAUCUUAUAUCAAAUCAUGCGGUUAACUUUGA